ACUGGGUCGGAAGUGGUUGAGCCAGCGUGGGGUAUAGAGGCCAGUGUGUGUGGUAGGGCGCAGCUUGUUUAUCAUCAUCAAUCAUAAAGAAACUUUAUGAACCUUUCCCUUGCAUCUUCUUCCUCCUCCUCCUCUCGAAGUCUUCUUUCCGAUCCCCAAAUCCUGCUCAUCAUUACCCUCAGGUUGUCUGGAUGUGUGUUACAUACAUCUGGCCAAAGCAUAGAUCAGGUCAUAUAUAACACAUCAAAGCGUUGACGCUGCAGGCUAGGCAGGCUGAUCAGGUCAUCGUCGUCGAUCUUCCUCGAAGCUCGCGAGCGCCAGAUCUCAUCGGUCUCUGCUCACCGGCCGCCUGCUUCUACAGGAUUAGUUAAUUACUUCGCUUCCGCCGCGGUACUGUGGUGUGGUAUUGAUUGCAAAUGGAUGGCGAAAUUGGUAUCAGAUACAAAGUUGACCUAGAGCGCAUGCUGCUUGAUGGAAGUGCAGAGCCAACAUACCUAUGGUUGUCACUUUUAGAAGACAUCACAGACUGUUUCUCUGAUGAUCAGCAAAUUGGUAGUGGUGGGUUUGCAGUGGUUUAUAAGGGAAUAGUCGGAGAACGGAUGGUUGCUGUAAAGAAGUUGUCCCAAACGCUUGAUAUGCAUGAGAAUAAAUUUCACAAAGAGGUUGAGUGCCUGAUGAAAGCCAAGCACAAGAAUAUAGUGCGUUUCCUAGGAUAUUGUUCUGACACGCAAGGGAGAAUUGCAAAUUAUGAAGGUAAGUUUGUGAUGGCAGAUCUGCGCAACUGGUUACUAUGUUUCGAGUAUGUACCAAAUGGAAGUCUCGAUAAGUAUAUUACAGAUUCAUCUGGUGGACUUGAAUGGGGUGAGCGCUACCAGAUAAUCAAGGGAAUCUGUGAGGGCUUACUUCAUCUUCACGAGAAGCAUAUCCUCCACUUAGAUCUAAAGCCAGGUAAUAUAUUGAUUGAUGAUCGGAUGGUACCCAAAAUUGCUGAUUUUGGUCUAUCAAGGUGCCUCGAUAAAGACCAAACACGAGCUUUUACGUCACACCUAUGUGGAUCGCAAGGAUAUCUGGCUCCUGAAUUCUACAGAGGACAAGUCGCAUUUGCCUCGGACAUAUACAGUCUUGGCGUUAUAAUCAUGGAGAUACUAACAGGAGAGAAGGGGUAUCCAGAAGAUGAGAAUGUAGUUGAAAAUUGGAUGAAUCGAUUGGAGACAUCAGAUCAUUUGGAGAUGCAAUUGGAACAAGUAAGAGUAUGUGCUAAGAUAGGGAUAGACUGUAUGGACUUGAACCCGAAGAAGAGACCAGUUGCCCGGUGUGUAAACGAUAGGCUUGAUAAAACAACAAGUGUCGUCAAAACUGGCAUCAGUAGUUCAUCAGUCAAACAACGGGUCAGUUUCCUAAAGGAACGAUAUUGGCCAGCGAGAAUCGCAAAGCUUUCAUCUGAGUACCUUGGAAAGGACAUCAAGCAACAUGCUAAAAGAGAUGAACUCGUGAACUAUGUUGGGACUCCUAGAGAAAAGCAUUGGCAUCAAGGUCGAGAAGAAGCUCCAGAUGAUCAAUGGUCAUUAUGUGGAGCGCAUGAUACAAAGCAAAAUAUCAUUCCACAAGGUGCAAGUAUUUCUUGCUCUAACCAUGGUGUGCUCUACAAGUUGAACAAUCUAGACAUUUUCAACACAAAAGCACGCAAGAAUUACGUGAAGUUGGGCGGUCCUAUAUUGGAAAAUAUAAAAUGUGUGAAACUUUUCAAAAGGGGGGAGCUCAAGCCAAUUUUAAAGGAUAAGAAUUUUAUUAGAAAAGAUGGCUUUGGAGAACUUUACAAGGGUCUUGUGGAUAACGUACCUAUCAUGGUAAGGAAGCUGAUUUGUGAUAAUGUGGUGGAGAAUGGAGAUUUUGCAAAUGAAGUCAUCAUGCUAUCUCGAGUCAUUCACAAAAACAUCAUUAGGCUCAUAGGUUGUUGCCUUGAAUUUGAUGCCCCGAUCCUAGUCUAUGAGUUUUUCUCCACAGUUAGCCUUCAUGAUAUUCUUCACAUCAACAUCAAACUGCCUCUCAACUUGAGUGUGCGAUAUAAUAUUGCUGCAGCAUUAGCAGAUGCUCUAGCAUAUGUGCAUUCAGUGGUUAGUACCCAAAUUUUACACUGUGAUCUUCAACCAACAAAUAUACUAUUCGAUGAUAAUCUCUUCAGUGGCAACUUUGUCCCCAAGAUCUCUGGCUUUGGCAUGUCAAGGAUGAUUGCGAGAGACAUCAUUGGUGACAUGACUUAUAUGGAUUCAAUAUACCUACAAAAAGGCUAUCUAAUAGAACAAAGUGAUGUAUAUAGUUUUGGAGUUAUCAUCUUGGAACUUCUUACUCGGAGGAAGGCUAUACAUGCUGACCAUAACAGCUUAGUGAGGAUUUUCCUCGAGAAUCACAAGAAGGGUAGGAAAUCAACAGGGCUAUUUGAUAAGGAAAUUGCACUGAAAGGAGAUUUGGGGCUUCUUGACAUGCUGGUAGAAAUUGCCGUCAAAUGUCUUGACGAUGAUGUGGUUCUAAGACCGUCAAUGGUAGAUGUCGCAAAACACCUUUCUCUACUGGAUCGAUCCCUUAAAUCGGGGGGUGCUAGGACAGCUAGUCACGAGGGUCUAGACCCGAGAAAAGCCCAUAGCCAUGGGUAAUUCAUACCUAGUACUUCCUCCAUUCUACUCCGUUUGUAGUCCCUUGUAGGAAUCUCUAAAAAGACUUAUAUUUAGGACGGGAGUAGUUUGCAUCAGUAUAUGUAUCUCGUACUCAAUAUAUACUAGUACUUGGGUACGUGCACAACACAUGUAAAAUUUGCAUUUUUAUAAUUAGUACUACUUGCACUACAACCUGUUUAACAAACUUGACCGGAACGUUAAUUCCUUUCAAAAAAAAUCUCAAGGUGCAAGUAUUAUUAGUGCGUAGCUCUAUGUUUCAAUACAUGUGCCAGUGUGUGUGAUUUGUGCACAGGCUCAAGUCAUACGCGCACACAGAUGGAUGAUAGCCCCAAAUUGCUUAACUUUUUAUAGUCUUUAGAUAAUUAUAGAAAACAAUGGUACCUUCGGCUUACUAUAUCAUGCACUGUAGCUGCAAAUCCCAUCAUUCUCAACCAUCUGAUGGAAUCAAAUCAACGCAGUUUAGUAUAAUAUUUUUGUUGGCCUGAACUAUGGUAGUUUUUGGUUAAAUACUCCAUCUCGGCAGCUGCUCGUCAGUAUUAUGUGGCAUGUUUGUCUUGCGGCGUGGAUUAAAUAUUGGGCAACAUCAUGCGGCUUGUUUG